AUGUCUUCGGAGGAGUCGGCCGCCCCCGGCCUGGCAGCCAGGCUAUUCGGACGGUCCAAGAAGCCGGAUGGCGGUGGUGGCCAUUCGAGGACUCCGACCUGGAGUAUGGGCAUUCUGAAUGACCCUGAGACGAUCGAAGUUCCCGGUUCCGUCCUCCUCCUCGCCUCGCACCGCAAUGAACCUCUCGGUCUGCGCAAUGUCCACGCCCGGACAUCCCACUCCUCCAUCCCCGCCGGCUUCCCGGUCGACAUACCCAUGACCCCGGGGGGCACCCGGCCCCUGCCACACCAUCACCGGUCCGGGGCAGAGGCGGAGACGGAGGCGGAGGCGGAGGCGGAGAGGAGGAGGAAGGAGGACGAGACGGCUGCCAAGAAGAAGACGGCCGACGGCCAGAUCAUCCUGGAGCCUCAACCCGACGACUCGGCCAACGACCCGCUCAACUGGCCGAGCUGGAAGCGCGACUGCGCCCUCCUCUCCCUCGGCAUCUACUGCAUGGUCGGCGGCGGCAUCACACCCCUCAUCGCCGCCGGCUUCACCGACGUCGCCGACACCUACGACGUCACCGUCGAGGAUGUCGCCCUCACCACCGGCCUGUUCAUGAUGGGCAUGGGCGUCGGCUCCGUCAUCUUCUCACCCACCGCCAUCCUGUGGGGCAAGAGGCCGGUCUACCUCUUCAGCGCCGUCAUCUUCAUCGGCACCAGCCUCUGGGCAGGCUUCUCGCCCUCCUUCCACUCCCUGCUCGCCGCCCGCGUCUUCCAGGGCAUAGCCGUCAGCCCUGUCGAGUGCCUGCCCUCGGCUACCAUCGCCGAGAUCUUCUUCCUGCACGAGCGCGCCUACCGCAUCGGCAUAUAUACCUUGCUCCUGCUGGGUGGCAAGAACCUCGUGCCCCUUGUCAGUGCUGCCGUCAUUGGCCGUUUCGGUUGGCGAUGGGCCUUCUGGAUCAUCGCCAUGGUCGUCGGCCUCUGCGGCGUCCUCCUCUUCAUCUUCGUCCCCGAGACCUUCUGGGACAGAACCCCCACCAGGGAACCCAAGAAAAGGCCCAGCUUCCUCCGGAGGCUGUCGUCCCGCCAGGCGCACCAUCACCACACCGAUCCUGCCACCACGAAGACACAGACGACACUUGGCUCAGCGCCGCACCCGGAAGGUGAAGAGACCGGUCGACCCGCGUCGCCGGGCAUCUCCACCCGGGCGAGAGAACUCCAUGUCGGGUUCGCCGGGGCGGCGGCGAACAAGGAGGCGGGCACCCAAGAGGAGCAGCAACAGCCACAGGACAGCGCUGCUGCCCCUGCUGCUGCUCAUGGUGAGAUGGCUCCCCCGGCGCAGCAGCCGCGGACGGCCACCGGCUCGGAGAGCGGAGGCACCUCCAACUUGGUCGACUACUUCUCCUCGGAUGGUGGUGGCGGCGGCGGCGGGGGGGCGGACCUGGACGACGAAAAGAUCACGGAGUCGGAGCUGCGAGCGCCUCCCAAGGCCAAGGCCUACACGCACAACCUGCGUCACCUCCCUGCGCAGACGAUAACGCAGCAGCUCAAGCCGUUCCACGGACGGCUCAACAACGACCGGUGGCUCAAGGUGAUGGUGCGGCCGUUCAUCCUGUUCGCGUACCCGGCGGUUCUGUGGUCGGCCAUCGUGUACUCGCUGUCGAUCGGCUGGCUGAUCGUGAUAUCGGAGAACAUGGCGGCCAUAUACCGGGACCCUACGCGGUACAACUUCACGGCUCUGCAGACGGGGCUGGUGUACGUGUCGCCCUUCAUCGGCGGGGUGCUGGGCACCGGCGUGGCGGGCCGGGUCAGCGACGUCAUCGUCAGGGCCAUGUCGCGCCGCAACGGCGGCAUGUACGAGCCCGAGUUCCGGCUCGUCAUGGCCGCGCCCGUCCUGAUCACCACGUGCGUCGGCCUGAUGGGCUUCGGCUGGUCUGCCCAGGAGGGCGACCACUGGAUCGUGCCCACCGUCUUCUUCGGAAUCGUCUCCUUCGGCUGCUCGCUCGGAUCCACAACCUCCAUCACCUUCUGCGUCGACAGCUACCGCCAGUACGCGGGGGAGGCCCUCGUCACCCUCAACUUCUCCAAGAACAUAUUCCACGGCCUCGUCUUCAGCCUCUUCAUAUCCCACUGGCUCAAGGACGACGGUCCCCGAAACGUAUUCAUCUGGAUAGGCAUCAUCCAGCUCAUCUUUAUGCUCUUGUCUGUGCCCAUGUAUAUAUUUGGGAAGAGGGCCAGGAUGUGGACUGUCAGGAAAAAUUUCAUGGAGAAAUUCUAG